CUCACAAGAUAUGUCUGGUUCUGAGAAGACAAUCACAGCGCUGCUCGUAGUACUCUUGAGUUGUGUGGAUUGUGUCCCCCUUGAGGGAGAUAUCCUGUGUGGUGCAGAGGACCCAGCCACCUACAGCAUUGUGUUCACGGGAAAAUGGAGCCAAACAGCUUUCCCAAAGCAGUAUCCACUCUAUAGACCCCCAGCGCAGUGGUCCUCCCUCCUAGGUGUGGCCCACAACUCCGACUACGUCAUGUGGAAAGCCAACGGCUAUGCCAGCAACGGCAUGCGUGAGUUGGUGGAGAGAGGGGAACCCUGGAUGCUCAUGAAGGAAAUAGAAGCAGCUGGAGAGAAAAUGCAAAGCAUUUAUGGAAUCUUCUCGGCUUCUCCUGUGGUCACCGGAACAGGACAGACCUCCACGGUCUUUGAAGUUGACCCAGGUCAUCCCUUAGUAUCCAUUGCGGUGCGAAUCGUGCCCAGCCCUGACUGGUUUGUGGGAUUUGAGAAUUUUAAUUUGUGUGACAAGAACGGCUGGAAGCGCCACGUCUCCAUGGACCUCUUUCCAUACGAUGCCGGAACGGAUAGCGGGUUUACGUUUUCCUCGCCCAACUUCGCAACUAUCCCCCGGGAUACAAUCACAGAAAUAACCUGUUCCUCCCCAAGUCACCCUGCAAACUCAUUUUACUACCCCAAGCUUAAGACUCUCCCACCGAUUGCCCGGGUGUCCAUGGCCAAACUCAAAAGAAAGAAAUUGGGCUUCCUCUUCUCUCAACCAAACGUCACAACCACAGAUAACGAAGUGGAGGAUUCCGUCUCAGAAACACCUUUGGAUUGUGAGACCUCCCUGUGGUCUUCGUGGGGUCUUUGCCGAGGCACCUGUGGAAAUUUAGGAACGAAAAGGCGGACUCGGUACAUAGUCCUUCAGCCGGCCAACAACGGAAGCCCUUGCCCGGAUCUGAGUGAAGAAAUGCAUUGUGAACCAGAUAAUUGUGUCUGAAACCAUUCCUUUGGACAAUUGUUUACCUCGUGUAAUUUGGGGGAUAUGUAAGGUAUCUCUGCGUUGAUAUUUCUUUAUAGCUCAAGAGCUAUCUAUCCAUCUAGCCAUCCAUCAAUCCAUAGAUAGAUGUACUUAGGUAUACGGGCUUUCUACACAUUUAUUGUGAACUCCUACAAUGCCACCUAGCGGUCGGAACUAAUAGUAAUAGUAGUAACUCUAAUAGUGAACUUAAGAGUUACUGACAUCUGCAGGGAGAAAAAAGGCAGGCAAGAUUCUUUGCAUUUCUGCUACUUCUGGAAUGUAUUUAAUGCAUCUGAGGAAUAAUGAGUUGGUUUCCACUGAGAAUUAAACAUGGGGGAUCAACAUGAAGGGAAAAAAACCACCACGUCUUUCUCAAGACUACGAGAAAAAGCCGGGAAUUUUGUUGGUUUGUUUGUAAUUCUAGAAAUUUUUAAGCUAUCGUUUGAAAACUCUUGGGGCGGCUUUUGUGAAAGUUGGCAAGCUUUAUCUUUUAUGCAGAUUUCUGUGAAUUUUGUCCUGUUUUGGGAAGAGCUAAGAAAGAGAAGUGUAAGA